AUGUCAAAUGUCAAAGUCUUCCUCACAGGCGCCACCGGCUAUAUUGGCGGCGACGCCCUGUUUGCCCUGCACGCCAAACACCCUGAAUUCGCGUACUCGGUGCUAGUGCGCGACGCGAGCAAGACCGACCAAAUCAAAGCUGCGUUCCCAGACAUUCGCGUUGUCGUGGGCGAGCUCGAUGACUUUGAGUUGUUGAAGAAAGAGGCUGCCGAUGCCGACAUUGUCGUUCACACCGCUGAUGCAUCCGACCACGUCGUCGCCGCAAACGCCAUCGCCACCGGCUUGACAGAAGGCCACACAGCCUCGCGCCCUGGCUACUGGCUACACACCGGCGGCACAGGCAUCCUCACCUUUGCCGACUCGGAUCGCCAGGUAUAUGGCGAAUACGACGCCAAAGUGUACAACGACUGGGAGGGCGUCGACGAGCUGACGCAUCUGCCGGCCCACGCGUUCCACCGCAACAUCGACCAGAUCGUGCUCGACACGGGCACGAAGCAUGCAGAAAAGGUCAAGACGGCGCUGCUCUGCCCGCCGACUAUUUACGGCCCCGGACGCGGCCCAGUCCACCAGCGAAGCCGCCAGGUAUACACGCUUGCGCGCACAACGCUGCAAAAACGCCUCGCGCCGAUCCUAGGCGCCGGCAAAUCCGUCUGGAACAACGUGCACGUACACGACCUGAGCAACGUGUUUGUACUCCUCGCCGAAGCCGCCAUCUCCAAAAACCACGCAGACGGAAUCUGGGGUGAAAACGGGUACUAUCUCGUCGAGAACGGGGAGCACGUUUGGGGGGACAUAUCCCACGCAGUGGCCGCCGAAGCCGCCAAGCAAGGGUACAUCCCGGAAGCCAAAGUCGAGCAUUUCGAUUUCAAGACUGCCAUUGAAUUCGGAGGCUACGAGUCGGUGAGCUGGGGUAUGAACUCGCGUGGCACGGCGAAGCGGGCGGCUAGGCUGCUGGGUUGGAAGCCUGUUGGGCCGAGUUUGUUGGAGGAGUUGCCUGGGAUAAUCAAGGGGGAGUAUGAGCGGUUGAAAUAA